AUGUCAUACGCAUUUGAUUUACACGAAAGUAUUUACGGUUCUGAGCCUUAUAAUACAACCAAUUGUAAAAUCCCAUCGAAUCGAACAACAACACAACUUAAACAAAAUGGUUAUGUCAAACAAUUUCUACAACAAAAUGGUAUAAGAAAAACGAAAAAAAGUAGUCCAUUAAUUUCAGUGAAUGGUACUGGAGGGGGAACAGGUGAACAACGUUUUGAUGCGCAUUUUAAAGUAUUGCUACUUGGUAAUUCCGGUGUAGGGAAAACAUCAAUACUUAGAGCUCUUGUUGGUGAAACAUUUUAUCAGACUACUAUUUCAACAAUCGGUAUUGACUUGAUUAAACGAAUAUUCACAGUUGGAAAUCAUCGUGUACAAUUAGAAGUAUGGGAUACGGCAGGUCAAGAACAAUAUCACUCUAUUGUAUCGUUACAUUUUCGAGAGGCUAAAUGUUUUAUCAUCGUUUAUGAUGUAACAGAUAUAGAAUCAUUUGAACAAAUUCGUAAAUAUUGGCUUAGAUCCGUUGAUGAGCAUAUGGAUGAUGCAGUACCGGUGAUUUUCGUAGCUAAUAAAAUUGAUAUGAUAAAAGACAAAAGAGUGUCAACAGAACAAGGUCAACAAUUGACAUCUCAACAAGCAGCUCAUGGUUUCUUUGAGACAAGUGCAAAAACCGGUAAAAAUAUACAAAAUUUAUUUCAAGCAGUUGCUGAGUGCAUGGUGUCUACAUGGGGUGCUCCAAAACGUUGGUAUGAAAUAAACACUGAGGAUAAUAAUAAUUUAGAUCCAUGGUCAAAUUCGCUGGACACUCUCAAUGUCAAUCUAGAGCCACUCAAAGGUUGUCCACCGAAUUGCCUCUACUAAACUCUUAAACCAAUCACUAUAUUAAGUUAUAGAAACUAAAAAUCAGCCAAUGAAAUAGUUCAAAUAUAUUUUAAUGCUAAUUUUUAUUAACCAAUAAAAUUUAUUUGAAAAUCAACCAAUAGAAAAUCAAGUUUAUUAUUAUUAUUUCUUACCAUAUUAUUAUUUAAAUAAUCCCACAUUAAAUUUAUAUUAUUUAUUGGAUCAUUUAACACUGGUAAUGUAUAAAUCCAAUAAUUUUGUGGAUUAACAUGAAUUUUUAAACUUAUAUACACUUGAUGUGAUGUACAUUCAACACCAAUUUGAAAACCAUUUUUAAUUGGAAUAUUUCUUAAUUGACGUUUUAAUAUAUUUGGAAUGUUUAAAAAAUUAUUACUAAUAUUAU